GUGGACCCCAUUUCCCAGAAUCCUCGGCUCAAAACAGACGACGGCGGCAGCACAUGCGUGCUGAUCAUGGCGGCCCCAGUUGAAAAGAUGGUCGGCGUGUCAGACGAGUCCAGCAGCAGCAGCGACGACGAGACGCUGAGGAGAUGUCAGGAGGCCGUGUGGGAGACCCGAGCUGUGGCGGAGCAAGAGGAGGACAACAGUGUGAAGCAGUCUAAACGUGUUGUCGUCGCUGACCAUGAACACGAUGGCAACGAGCUCCAGGUCAGCCAAGGGUUCCGAACGCACGUUGCUAAAAAGUUGGGGCAUCUCCUUGACAGUUACAUUUCAGAAACACAAACCAAAUCUUCAUCCUGUGUGGAAUCAGCGCAAUGCGAUGAUGCAGAUGAUGAAGGAUUUCGUUUGUUUUCUACAUCCAUCCCAGGACCGACAGCUGAGGAGCUUCCAGCUCCAGUGAGGCGUCGUCCAGUUCCUAGCUCAAGUGACAGCGACAGUGAGAUGGAAUCAAGGCUGAGAGAGGCAGCUGUGUCGCUCAAAGAUCUCUUGCCCUCUUUGACACAGCCUUCGACGCUCUCACCUCCCUCAAUGGAGCCUCUCUGCUCAGGAAUAAUAAAGAAAAAGAAAAAGGUGGCUGAGGGAGAAGAGGGCCACGUUGUUAAGAAAAAGAAAAAGAAGAGGCAGGAUCAGGAGGAGAGUGCACUGGACACUGAAAGCUAUCCUGUAAAUGCUCACAGCAACAAUGAGCAUAGGAACUCAGAACAGGAACACACACAAGUCAAAGUUAAACGGAAAAAGAAAAGGAGGCGAGAAGGAAACGAAAUGGAAGAAGCUUCAAACGGAAUUUCGAAUAAAUAACCUUUUACUGUUCUAGGAUGAUUGUCUAUGUUCCAUUCUGCCAUAUUCUGUCACAAGCUUGAAAUGAUUGGAUGGUGAGAUAUUAUUCAAAAUAUUUUAAUAUUAUUGCCAUGGUUAUACUUGAAAUUACCACACUUUGUCAUGUAAGAGACUCACUCAAGUGUGAAAACACAUUUAUAGGCAGUGAGAUAAAAAAAAUAGUAAUGUGUGAACUGAAUUUAGCAUUUCUGAAUAAUACAAAACAUUUUGAUAAAAAUACAUUUUGGAUUUGAUUUUUCAGUGGAUUCUCUCUUGUUUUAAAUCUUCUUUAAUGUGGAUCCUUGUUCAUUUUACAGUUGAGUCAGAGAGUUUUUUCAAACAACGAAGCUGAAUCAUCCUCCUCAGCCCCAGACUCCAGGUUUCUCUGGAGACGUACACCAGAGGUAGCUGUCCAUCACAAAACACCAUCAGUCCAUCUCAUAUUGAGGAGGCACUGCAUUAUCCGAGCACCCUUUACUGUGCUGUAGAGACCAUUUGUGUAGGGAUGUAGGAGCUGAUAUCUGGUGAAGGUGAGAGGAGGUGAGACCGGUGUCUGUCUGUCGUCUGAGACGCAGGAUACAGCUCCAAGCUCUGGGAAGAUGCAGCUGACGAAACAUUGAAAAACUAGGUUUAUUUGGACACCAACGCUUUUGGCAAAAUUUGUUUUGAAUGUUUCUUUCUAGUGAUUCAUUAUAGAUAAAAAGAGAGGACAAACAGCUGUGUGAACACAUGUAGCACCUAACAACUGUUUUCUACUAAUAGAUAAAACCAAAUAUUGGCAACCUGGGCAGAGAAUUAAGUUAAGUCACAUAAAUACUUUGUUUUCUGGAUGAGUAAGAUGAGACAAUCAAUACAACUCAUUCAUUGGUGGAGCCUGGGAAUAGUUCUCUUUAAAACUGGAAACAACAACUAGCCUGACCCUGACUGAAGAUUAAAAAAAUCCACGAUAACAAUUUUCUUAAAUUUUUACACUCAGCGAAAUUUUAAAACCAUGUUAUGUCUCUGAUUAUUUCUAGUAGGUCACAUUUGAAGAAGGGCUUUUGUCUGACACGUUACUUAACAGGAAGGUAAAAUAAAUAUGUAUAUCGGAGCAUGAA